CAGCAGCAGCCGUAGCGGAUGUGAACAUCUCAACCAUCAUCCAAACACCAAACUCCCUGCUCUGUCUCCGCUGACCGUUACCAGGCGCGGAGAACCGGACAGCCGUCCCCCACUGUGCGGCCACGUCUUCCCGGCCUCCCGCAGGAUGAGUGUCGGUGCUCCGAGAGGCCUGGCCAGCUCGGGGCAGAAGCCCAUCUCGGAGAUCCUCCACCCGCUGGGCGCCGCGGAGGAGCCGCUCUCCCCGGGGCCAGAUGUCACAGUGAACGUCGAUGGGGACAAGGAAGCGGUGUUGACCAACGGGACGCCCGUGGAGACGUCCAGCCCCGCCUCGGCGUCCUCGCUCUUCAACCGGCUGCAGCUGGACGACGACCUGGAGGUGGACGGCCGCGACCCGUACAUCUCCACGGAGACUCAGGACCUGUUUGUCACCGUGGACGACCCCAAGAAGCAUGUGUCCACCAUGGAGACCUACAUCACCUACAGAGUGUCCACCAAGACGACACGGAUAGAAUUCGACCUUCCUGAAUACUGCGUGAGACGCCGCUACCAGGACUUUGACUGGCUGAGGAUCAAGUUAGAAGACAGUCAGCCCACUCACCUCAUCCCUCCGCUGCCAGAGAAGUUUGUGAUGAAGGGCGUCGUCGACCGUUUCUCAGAGGAGUUCGUGGAGACGAGGAUGAAAGCGCUGGACAAGUUCCUGAAGCGAGUCGCCGACCAUCCUGUCCUCUCCUUCAACCCACACCUGAACGCUUUCCUCGCUGCCAAGGACCUGAACAAGCGUCAGGGUCUGGCUCUGCUGACCAAAGUGGGCGAGUCGGUGAAGCACGUGGCCGGAGGCUACAAGCUGCGAGCGCGGCCGGCGGAGUUCUGCGCCAUGGGCGAGUACCUGGACACGUUCACGCAGAAACUGGGGACCAUUGAUCGCAUCGCUCAGAGGAUCCUCAAGGAGCAGUCAGAGUACCUGACGGAGCAGCGCGAGUACGGCUCCGUGUACUCCAGCUGGGCAGGCUCGGAGGAGGAGCUGCAUCGCCCCCUGGAGGGCGUGGCCACCACCGUGUCAAAGUGCUGCUGUGCCAUGGACGACCUGAGCGAGAACAUGAGUCAGGACUUUCUGCCCGUGCUCCGAGAGUACGUCCUCUAUGUGGAGUCCAUGAAGACGGUCUUGAGGAAGCGGGACCAGAGCCAGGCCGAGUACGAGGGACGGCUCGAGGCGGCCAUACUGCGCAGACAGGAGGACAAAAUGCCUAUGCCCGUGGAGGUGGAGAAAUGCCAGGACAAGGUGGAGUGUUUCAACGCCGACCUGAAGGCCGACUGGGAACGCUGGCAGAGCAACAAGCGGCAAGACUUCAAGCAGCUCCUCACCGGCAUGGCCGACAAAAACAUCAACUACUACGAGAAGUGUCAGGCGUCGUGGGAGUCGCUCAUCACUCUGCUCCAGGACAAACAGACUGAAGACAAACGGAGUGAGACGAACUGAGACACCGACUUAUCUCUCUCUCUCUCUCUCUCUCCCCCUCACUCACUCACUCACUCUCUUUAUCACACACACACACACACACUCAAUGUCACGCCAAGGAAAAGGAACAGCCGAGCAGCCGCUCCUGUUCUCUGCUGAGACGAUUGUACAGCGGGUGACGUCGUCCUGACCUGCAACAGAGGUAACAAACGGUGCGUUCAAGGACAGCAGGGAAACGAGACAUCUCUGCUCAAUGUACAUUAACUUUUUCUACUUCUUAUUUUCCUCAUUGUCGGUUGCCAAUGUUCUUUUUUUGUGUGUUUAUUUAACCGCGGUUUGUUUUUUCCGCCCAUUUUCACAUUGAGCCAAAUGUGAGGGAUGAGGGAACAGUUAAGCUUUUAUUUUGAAGGCAGACUCUGAACUGUUCUUUUGAGAGGAUGUGAAGUUCCUUUAAGGUUUCCUCACCGUGUCUUGUUGUGAAAAUGACACUAAGAACUCUCCACCGAUAUCGGAAUUCUUCUGAAAUGUGUCUAAUUUGCUAUAAAUAAGGAAGCUAAUAUUUUAUACUUCGCAACCACACCUGUUAUUCUUGCAUGUUUUGUUACGGUGGAUCAUUUUUCUACUGCUUUUUUUUUUGCCACUGUUGUUAAAAUGUACAAAAAAAUAAGUUUUUGUGGCAGUAGCGGUUCACGUAGGAAACGGUGACAUCUAGUGGUGAGACUGCAGAAAUCUGCCCCCCUUUCCCUUGAGCUCCAGGGAACUACGGUGGCCUUCACAGACCAGAAAGGACAUCAUUAUUCAAUGGCUCAAUCUACAGCUACUUAAACCAAAUGUUCUCUUUGAUAUAAAGCAACUUUUUCACUAUUACUUAACUUCAUUUUUCUCUCACUGGAGCUUUUUAAGGAUUAUUUCUUUGGAGGCAUCUUGACGGCAUUGAUGGCACUUUGACAAUGAUGGCACUGUGGUGUGAGUGCCGGAGUCGAACACCUCGAGUCUCCUUGUUCACUUUGAUUGGGUGUUUCCUUGUGCGCCUGUGUUUUAUUUUGUGCACAGUGCGGCAGCACCACCUGGUGGUCAAACUCGGUACAGUGUCCAUUACUGACACGGACACAUUUAAUUCUCUUUGAGUUAUCCAUUUUUUUGAUUCAUAUGCCAUUUUCUUGCCGUAGUGGCACUUGUCUAACAUCUCCACAUCCCAUUGUUAUGAUUUUUGUCUCUUUGAGGUCAUAAUUUAAAUAAUUCUCUCUGCACACUUAGGUCUAUUCUUAAUCCCUGUUGGAAUUGUUGAUGCUAAAAAGAGUUUUGUGGUCAAAAGUCUCACAUUUAAA